UGCGAGUGCAGGCGGGGAAUUCCAGGAGCUGUCUAUCUCUGGAGCAGGCGACAUUCCCUCCCCUGUCCCACUCCUCCUUCCAACUCCUGUGUCGUCACCCUGGUAUGUGUCUGUGGGAGCUAAGUAACAGUUGAAACUCCCACCUCAAGGCUUCAUAAUCCUGGAAUGAACUGCAGCAACGUGUUGCUCCGAAGGACACAAUAAGCAGUCGGGAGCAGGAAAUAACUGCCAGUAAUCCUUCCCUGCAUGCCCUUCCUGCUGCCGACCACGGGAACAUGAAGGUUGUUUCUCUCCAGGUCCUGUUUGUGCUGAGGGUCCUAUGCCUGGUGGCCCGGGCUGGAGGGCAACCUAAAGCACCUCUGAAGUGUUCAACUGAGUGUGGUGGUUUUGCAUCUGGCAUAGCAGCAAAGCGGAUAAGGAGCUACCGCAGGACUGAGCCCCGCUGCACCAAACAAGCUGUCAUAUUUGUUACUCUGAAGUCUAUAGAGAUUUGUGCAGAUCCAGAGGCAAAGUGGGUGAAGAAGAUUGUAGAGAAACUGGACCAGAAAAAGGCUGAAGCCUCUCUGCUUUCACAUGGUGCCACCUCAGCAGCAGCUCCAGAAGAGCCUGGUAUUUUCCAGAAACAUGUUGGCCUUACAGUAACAGCUCCAUCUCAGGCUACUGCCCCCUCUGAAGUCAGUCCAGAAUCAAACAGAGAUUCCUUAAAAUCUCCUGCGCCUUCAACAACUUCUUCAAUAGGCAUUGUCUCCAGCCAGCCCACCCCAUUCCACAAGGCUCUUGUGCAUAGUUUUGACAAUGCUGUAGGAUCUACAGAAGAACCUGUAGGGCAUACUGCAAAUGCUAUGUCUGAUGUUCGAGAUGUGACUUCUCCUAGCUCAAAUUCAGACCCCGUGGCCAUUUCUAAAGGAUCAGACCACCCUGUACUUCCUACAAAUGAAUCCCUGGAUCCUGCAACUGCAAAAACCAAUACACCAGACACUGAUUAUAGGGGUUCAGAUACCCCCUCCAUCCUGGACAGCAUGCAAACUGCUUCAGUUCCUACUCUAAACUCUACAACUGCCACAGACAAAGGUCCUUCUGUCCAUACCAACAAGGUUUUCAGUUCCUCUGUAGGUGCUUUUGGUACCACAACAUUUGAUUAUUCAUCGCCUGUAGGAAAGCAAGAGCCUUCAGAUAUGUUACUUUUCACUAGUCAAGCAUUCUUAGGCGAAGCCGGAGUACAGACGACUACAGAAAGGCCAAAUGCUCUGCCUCUUCCCACCUUCUUGUCAACAUCUCAAAUGCAUUUUGUCAUUCCAGUUUCUGUGGUGUGCAGUCUGAUGGUUGGCAGUGUUGCUGCUGUAUGGCUGUAUCUAAAAUUUGGAGUCAUAAGAGAUGAAAUGUCAAGAGAAAUGGUUCAGGGCUUGCUUUACGUGCAACAGAGACAUCAAAAUAAUAUCUAUCCAAUGGAAGUAAUCUGAAUGCUUUAUGGCAUGGAUAUUUUUGGCCCAAACCGUGUGUUACUGCAGAUAAGUUUAUAUUGAGCUGGUGACCCGCCGGAAGGAAAGCAGGAAAUAAAAAUACCAGAGAAAACUGAUUUUUUUUUUUUUCUUGCAGAGCAGAAUGUAAAAAAAAAAAUUAAUCUUUGACCAAUUUUGGAAAUAAAUUAGACCCUUUUUCCUUCUGGCACUGCUACAUACAAAGGCUAUUGCUGUUCUAGAGCUGCAUGGUGGCUCUUUGCCAGGUGGUGGGCAGAUGUGACUUUCCAAAUCACUGUUGGGGAUUAUGCUGCAUUUCAUCAUGGCCCAGCUGAGAAGAUGUUGACUCACGCACGUUGCUGGGCUCAGGCUCAGCCACCUUGGGUAACUUUAACCAAAUUAACCAAACCCACACAGCUUGCCCUUAACAAGCCCUCUGCAGCUGUUUUCUUUGCACUUCAUUGGCUUCUUGGUCAGACCAAGAUUGAUGCCUGUGGUCAGCUGGGUGUUGGCUCUCCUUCAGCUAAUCAAAUAAUCCAUUUACUCUUGCUGGAGACAUGAAGGGUGGCCUAGCUUUUCAGACUGAGGUGAUGAAAACUGCAUCUGAUUUGGGGAUUGAAAGUCUGUGCUUCAUGUUCAGAUUUCAUGUUCAGAGGAGCUGGCAACCCACAAUGUAUCUCCUUGAAAUCAGGCCACCUUUCUGGCUAACAGCUAUGGGAAUUUCUUCUUGUGAAUUUAGUCUGAGACCUGUUUCUUGGCAAGUCAACUGCAAUAAAACCCUUCUGCCAGCUGAUGGGCCAUGCCCAGCUUUGUGCAGCACUGGGGCAGGAUAAUGUGGAUGAGCCUUUACAAAUGGGGAAAAAACAAGAAGUCACCCAAUAAUUUUGCUGUUCUUAUGAUACCAUUGGAGGGGCUUUGCUCUUCUCUGCAAGCACAAAAGCCAGGAAGUACACUCUUAGAGCAACUAAGGGCACUUCUGGAUUUAGUCACCUAGAAUUACACAGCAGAUGUAUCAUCCUUCUGGUCCCAUAUUCUCUCUAGAAAUAAGCAUGUUUGCUGUCCACAAGAAAGGACAAAAUGUCUUUUCCAGUAUGAAUUUUGCUGGAGUGUGCAAAGAUCUUCACAAUAUGAUGCUUUGUAGAUAAGUUAUCAAAGGUCAGAUCCUCCUUUAACCAACCUCAGUGAAUCAGAAGUAUAAAUAUGCAUGCAGAAAAAAACACAUAGUAAGGAACAUAAUCAAAGCAAAAAGGACAGGCCAGCCGUAAAGCAGAGCUGGAGGAAGGUGGCCUAUUAGAUCCAUCAGAUUGCACCAUCAGGGCAUCCAUCCAGCCCCGGAGGUGGGGAGGAUAGACUGCAAAGGUGUUUGUUUUCUGCCAUCAUUCAAUCCCUUAUUUCUGUGUUUUGUUGACUUGAGAAAGGGGAGGCAGGGCUUGAUCUCAGGCUUUGCAAGUGCAGAACACAAUCAAAUUAACUGUAAUCAGGAAUUUGGGGUGACAGCCCAGCUGUGUGACAUUGGCUGGGGUUGACUUAUCUGGAGGGUCAGUCAGGGGCUGUCAGUGGUCCCUGCCCUACUCCUGCACAGCUGAGCUCUCAGCCUUGCACCUUGUGAGGUCAUGUCCUGUGGCAUUAUUUUUAUAUGAAGCACAUAGAGAAGAAAUGUUACUUUUGCAGUGAAGUUUUCUAGUGGCUUGAGUGUAUGUAAUGUCCUGUCCUUGCUACUGGAGCAUUGUGGAAUCAAGGCCUUUCUGGGAACACUGGAAAACAUUGUGCCUUGUCUAUUUUCUUGCUUGGCUUGGAUGGCUUGUGCAUAUCCAAGGGAACUGGGUUGCUCUACAGGCACUACAGCAAAUGGAACGGACACUUGUCUUGUCUGGCUACAGAUGAUGUCCUCAGCUGGAGGCAAUGCUGGGAAGAUGAAUGAGCACCAAGUGAUGUGAUUGCUUCGAUCAGUGUUUGUAAGGACACUAUUCUGGUUUCAGCUUCAAGGCUUAAGGUGUCAUUUGCUGUACAGUGUGGUGACUGUCAAGCUCUGAUUCAUUGCUGUAUCAUGUGUAUCUGAGUGUGUGCACAAGAUAUCUGUUCUAUAUGUUUUUAUAAAAG